CUCAUCUAUGUCGCUGGCAGUUGCUUCAAACCCGGAACGUCCGACUCACGAGCCGGUUGCGGCAUCCAACGCGGAUUCUCGCCCAAUGCUAACCUCAGUUUCCGCUUGGAACGCGUCGGCAGAAAACAGACUGGCAACCGUGCCGUCAUGCGAGCCACUAUACGAGCACUUCAGUUCGACGACCAAAACACCACUCUCACGCAUUCCGACCUCGGAUAUCCCUCCACUUCCAUCGUCAUCGCCUCACAUUUGACUCUUCUCGUACAUGGCAUGGCGGACUGGGUCUAUAAGUGGGAGCAGAACGGAUGGAAGAAGGCGAAAGGAGGCAAGACGGUAGAGAAUGUGGAUCUGUGGAAGUGCUUGAACCAGAGGGUGAAGUCUUUAGAGACGUCAGGAGUGAGGGUCCUGUUCUGGGACAUAGAGGAGAAGUAUAACAAUGCGGAGAAGUUGGCUUGGGCUGCAGCU